CCUCCGCAUAAACAAAGGGUUCCCAGGAAUGCCGUUUUGAAUAAGGACAAACUAUGGGACCUUCCCGUCCCCUAUGUGCUAGAAGAAAGCCUUGGUGAGUAAAAAUGUUCUUCAGGUCUCCAUUUAAAAGUCCAUAUAUGGACAGACAUCCCCAAGUAACAUCACACCUUAGAUUAUACCUGUCACUUGAGGGAUGUCAUAUGCCUAUAUACAGAACGUUUACUUGUUCUUUGUAAAUGGAGAGCUAAUGAAAACCUAAGUGGCCAAAACAUUGUCUCCAAUAAACCACAUGGGAGCAUUGAUUGCAGAGUCUCUUUUGACUAUUUACUGAACAUUUUAUUCUGCAUCCAGCAUCUGCUCAGAAACAGUGGUUGUGCGCAUGUAAUCUGUUCCUAUACUGAGUGAAGUCCUUCCCACCAGGUUGAUAAUUAAAGGUUGGAUAAGUGAUGGAUCCUUCCCCCAAAGGCCCUAAUUUGCCAUCACUUUACCAUGUGUUUUCUAUAUGAACUCAGAUUUGAAUGCUAAAGGGAUCAUUCUGCGGGCCUUUGAGCAGUUCAGGCUAAAAUCAUGCGUCGAAUUCAAGCCCAGAGGCUCUGAGUAUCACUUCAUUUCAGUCCAGAAGAACAGAGGGUAAGAUCAUUUUUGCCUUGCCUGAUCAUACAGUGUCCCUUUUUACUGAAGAUAUCUGACUUGCUUGAUAUUGAUACAGGUUCAUUUUUGUGUCUCCUUGCUUUCUUUUAAUGUAGGUGUUCCUCCCACGUAGGGAGAUCUUCCAAGUAUGGACAGCCUCUUUCCAUUGGAAAUUACUGUGAUCAUAUUGCCAUUGUGGAGCAUGAGUUUCUACACGCUCUGGGAAUCUGGCAUGAACAGUCCAGAUAUGACAGGGAUGAAUAUGUGACCAUUGUUUGGAAAAAUAUAAGACGUGGUUUGUUCACAUUUUCUUCAGCGUUUUUUCAGUUAUAAAUUGUAACAAUAAGGUGUACGUAUUAUGCAUUUUUUGUUAUUCAAUUCACUUUAUAUACAUUAUGUUGUCUUCACAAUGUUAGCAAAAUGUUGUACGUGAAAGUAAAUUAUAGUUAUUUAUUAUCAUGAGUGUAAUAGGCUGUUUUUCAAGACUUUCAUUUCAAGAAAUUUGAGGUUGUAAACUAAAGCAGUAAUUAAGUGUCAUGAAUCCACCCCUUGUCUACAGGUCAUGAGAAGAACUUUGUGAAAGUUUCUCCCCAUUAUUCGACCACCCUGGGUUUCCCGUAUGACUACACCUCGGUGCUACAUUACAGUGAGAGAGCCUUCAGCAUUGGAGAGGGACCUACCAUCAUAACUAAGCAACCUGAGUACCAAAAAAUUAUUGGACAACGAGCCCACAAGAUGCCUUGAUGCUGAACAAGCUAUAUGGAUGCAGUAAGCGUGUGUCAUGAAACCAAGCAGGUCUACUGUACUGCAUGUCCAAGUUGAAGAACAUGUAUAUUCUUCUCCUCCUUUCUGUUUUCCUCCUGUAGAAAAAUCUAUUUCAUUUAUGGAACAUUGCAACUUCGACAACCAGAGAUUGUGUGGGAUGAGUCGCUGCACCAAGAGUUUGGUAGGUGGAUGGAAAAGAAUGAAGACUGUCAUUGGGGGGCCCUAUUCUGAUUUCACCAACCUGGGGAAGACAGACGGUGAGAUUUAACGCUGUAGUACAGCUCACACUUUCCCAACAGUUGACUCCUUCAUGAAAAUGCUGUUAAUACAGACAGUAAACUGAACUUGUGCUGUAGGACCAUUAGAUACAAAUAUCAAAGUCAUCAGACAAUUGUUUAAAAUGCUCACCCUACUUUUCCCAGGUACUGGUUUCUUCAUGCAUGCCAGCACAGUGUCAGGCCAGGAGGGGGACACAGCCUGGCUGGAGAGCAGGGAGAUGACUCCCAGCAGGAAGUGCAGUGUCCAGUGUCUACAGUUCUACUACUACCACAGUGGUAACGAGUUAGACCAGCUCAACAUCUGGAUCAGAGAAUACCGUGAUGAGAGGGACUCUAAAGGAACUCUCCGCCUCAUGGGACAGAUCACAGGUUAGGAUGAUGAGAAGGUGAAUAAACCACUUGGAAAAUUAAUUGCUAGAAUUAUUUGUUUCAUCUCUAGUGUCUCUCUCUGAAGGUUCCCCAGGAUCUCACUGGAUGCCCUACCACGUGCCCCUGAAUGGCACCAAAACCUUCCAGUUUGAGUUUGAGGUGCGUAAAGGAGCAGGACAGUCUACAGGCGGGUUUUCCAUCGAUGACAUCAACCUGUCAGAAACCGAAUGCCCCCAUCACACCUGGCAGAUUAGAGACUUUGAGAAUCUUUUAACCACCAGUGACUUUAACACCGUUGUGUACAGCCCCAGAUACUACUCCCCAGAAGGCUAUGCCUACCAGAUUGCCGUUUAUCUUCGUGAAAUGUUGUUUGGAGUUUAUGUGCGCUUAGUCUCAGGAAAGUAUGAUGACCAACUCCAGUGGCCUUGCCCCCAUCGACAAGUGACGAUUCAACUGCUGGACCAGAAUCCCCACAUCCAGCAACGCAUGUCCAAGCAAAUCAGCAUUACCACUGAACC